AUGAGGUGCUUGGGGUUCGUAGUGGCGGCGCUAGCGGCGGCGGCGGCGGCGUCGCCGGCCGCGCUGCCCGACCCGGGGGAGCUGGCGUACGCGCUCGACGCCGACCAAUGGGAUGCCUACCAAGACGCUUGGCUCGCCAAUCAGUAUCUCAAAAGAAAUGUAGACGCUACCGCCGCUACGCGUGCUAACUCUGGAUGUGCUCUAAGAGUGAACGGCGACCUGGGGCAGCCGCAGCCGGUGUACCUGCGCGGCGAGCAGUUCGUGGAGGCCGCGGGCACCACGGGGCAGGUGCUCCUCCACGAAGGCGAGGAGCUACUUAUUGCCUGCACCGGCUCGGGCAGGACCAUCGUGCACCCCAACCUUGUUGCUGCCAACCAAGAAGCCCGAGUAUCCUGUGUGCGCGACAACCUAGUCUCCGGCGCGGGGUGGCUGAGCGCGGACAGCGAGUUCCUCGGCCUCACCUGCUCCUCCAACAGCCAGUACCUGGCGCGCGCCACCGACCAGCGCUGCUACGGCGACAACCUCCUUGUCGAGAUAGGUUUCGAGGUGUCUGGCGUGUGGCGGCCCCUGCUGUGGUCCUGCUUCGACCAGAGCCGCCUGGAGGUGCUGUACGUGCGGUACGAGCAGAAGCCCCAGAACGGGGAGCACCAGACAGGAGUCACGCGCCCCGGCUGGUUAGUGGGUGGAAUGUACCCCGGUGUGACGGGCGGCAUUAAUCUCCACUACACGCAGGCCCAGCAGAUAGCCACGAUUGCGCAGCUGGUCGGCCAGGAGCUGGCCGAGAAGUACAUCAGCGUGAACCGCGUGUACCUGGCGCGGGGACACCUGGCCGCCAAGACCGACUACGUGUUCGCCACGGGACAGAGGGCUACGUUCUUCUUCGUCAACGCCGCGCCGCAGUGGCAGCCCUUCAACAAUGGGAACUGGGACUGGCUUGAACAGAACGCCCGUGCGCGCGUGGCCGCGGCCGGGUACAACACGACCGUGUACACGGGCACGUUCGGCGUGGGCGUGGUGCGCGACGCCGACGACAACCACCACGAGCUCUACCUCUACACGGACGCCAACAACAACAAGCAGCUGCCCGUGCCCCGCUACUUCUACAAGGUGUUCUACGAGCCAUCACUACGUCGAGGCACAGCUUUCAUCGGCAUCAAUGAUAUAUUCGCGUCGGAGGAGGAGGUUCGCUCGUGGACGUUCUGCACCGACCGCUGCCGCGACAACCCCGACUUCGCCUGGCUGCGCUGGCAGCCCGACCGCAUCGACAUCGGCUACAGCUUCUGCUGCGAGGUCGACGACUUCCGCCGGACCGUGCCCCAUCUGCCGCCCUUCCAAUGUGAAAGUCGCGCUCGCUGCGCACACGCAGACACAAUGAUCCGUUUAACGGUGGUUAUCCUAGCGCUGGUGGCGGCGGCCGCGGCCCUGCCCGCCGAGAUGCCCAAUCCCGGGGAAUUAGUCUUCGUCCUGAACGAAGACGACUGGGAUGACUAUCUGGACGCUUGGCUCGCAAACGAGCAGCUAAAGUCGGGGGCCAACUCCACCAGCCGCAACGGAGCUCGGAAUGGGUGUACCUUCAGAGUGAACGGAGACCUCGGGCAGCCUCAGCCGGUGUACUUGCGCGGAGGCCGCUAUAUGGCCGCCGACGGCAACUCCGGCCAGAUCCGGCUGAGCUCCGGCGAGCAGGUCACCAUCGCCUGCACCGGCUCCGGCCGCACCAUCCAGCACCCCAACCUCGCGACCUCGGGACUCCAAAUAGCUACUGCAACUUGUGCCAGCGACGACCUGGUGACCGGCAGCUGGCUGAGCGGCAACGGCGCGUUCGGCGGCCUCACGUGCAGCGCCCACUCCUACCACGACGCCAUCGGCACCACCAGCAGAUGCUACAACGAUAACUUACUUAUCCAGGUGGGUUUUAUUGUUGACGGGUGGAUGUAUCCCCUGUACGUGUCCUGCUUCGACCAGAACCGGCUGGAGGUCCUGUACGUGGUGUAUGAACAGACCCCCGCCAACGCCGUCCACCAAACUGGCGUCGACCGCCCAAGCUGGCUCGUUGGCAGCUUUUUCCCCGGUGUGGGAGUGAACACCGCUUACACUCAAGUGCAGCAGAAGAUCUCCAUAGCUAACGUGGUCGGUGAGGAGCUGGCCGACAAGUACGUGACGACGACGCAGUUCCUGGCGCGCGGGCACCUGGCGGCCAAGUCCGACUACGUGUUCGCCACCGGCCAGCGAGCCACGUUCUGGUUCGUCAACGCCGCGCCGCAGUGGCAACCGUUCAAUGCUGGCAACUGGAACUGGCUGGAACAGAACGCUCGUGCUCGCAUCGGCGUCGCCGGCUACAACACAAUCAUCUACACGGGCACGUGGGGCGUGACGCAGCUGCGCGACGCCAACGGCGUGCUGCAAGACAUCUACCUGCACCGUGACGCCAACAACAACCCGCAGUUACCCGUGCCGCUCUACUUCUACAAGGUGAUCUACGAUGAAUCUCGCCGGCUGGGCACCGCGUUCGUGAGCAUCAACAAUCCCUGGUACACGGAAGAGGAGGUGCGCGCGCUGACGUUCUGCACGGACCGCUGCCGCACCGACGCCUUCAGCUGGAUCGGCUGGCAGCCCGACCGUAUCGACCUGGGCUACAGCUUCUGCUGCGACGUCGACGAGUUCAGGAGGACGGUGCCCCACCUCCCGGCCUUCACUGUUGACGGCCUUUUGUCAUAAUU